AUGGAUUCCGCUAAGCAGCCUGUCAAGCUCGUGAAGGUCACCCGCGUCCUGGGCCGUACCGGCUCCCGCGGUGGUGUCACCCAAGUCCGCGUCGAGUUCAUGGACGACGAGACCCGUUCCAUUAUCCGUAACGUCAAGGGACCCGUCCGUGAGGACGACAUCCUCUGCUUGCUCGAGUCUGAGCAUUGCAGAUACCUACCGAUCAUUCUUCGAAACAUGGCUGCGGCUCCCAGGCCACCCAAGGAUCACUUCAACGUGCUGUUCUUUGCAAGCGCUAGCUCCUUUACAUCCAAACAGUACGAGGUGCUGCAGGCCCCUCUCCCCUUGAAGACGCUAUUUGAUGCACUUGAAGAGAGAUAUGCCGGGUUUAAAGAGAGAUUCCUAGAGUCGUGCUUGGUGACUGUCAAUUUAGAAUACGUAGAUAUUCCUGGAGCAGACGACGAGGAGGGCCCGAUAAUACGGUCCGGCGAUGAAGUAGCCAUCAUCCCUCCCGUCAGCUCCGGAUGA